UCUGCAGCCUGGUUGUCCACAAACGAUGCCAUGAGUUCGUCUCCUUCAUUUGUCCAGGGGCUGACAACGGCCCGGACUCAGAUGCCACCAACCUGCACAAGUUCAAGCUCCACACCUACGGCAGCCCCACCUUCUGCGACCACUGCGGCUCGUUGUUGUAUGGCCUGCUGCACCAGGGGCUCAAGUGUGACUCAUGUGACAUGAAUGUACAUAAACGAUGUGAAAAAAAUGUUCCUUUACUCUGUGGCACCGACCACACGGAGAGAAGGGGCAGAAUCCAUCUCAAGGCUACCGUCAAGGGAAACAAAAUUACUAUAGAAAUCAUAGAGGCUAGAAAUUUGUGUCCAAUGGACCCCAAUGGUUUAGCCGACCCCUACGUCAAACUUAAAAUCAUACCUGCCGAGGCCCAGAGACUAAAGUUGAAAACCAAAACAAUCAAAGCCUGUCUGAACCCAGUCUGGAACGAAAGCUUCACAGUGGAGGUGGGGCCCGACGAUCACGCCAAGAGGUUGUCCCUAGAGGUCUGGGACUGGGACCGGACGUCUAGAAAUGAUUUCAUGGGCUCUCUGUCUUUUGGUAUCUCAGAGCUAAUAAAAGCCCCAAUAGAUGGCUGGUUUAAGCUGUUGAAUCAGGAAGAAGGAGAGUUCUAUGGGGUGCCUGUCAGUGAUGACUACACAGAAGACAUCCAGGAAAUUAAAAGUAAAAUGCAUAGAUCAAGUAUUAGUGAAAGAAAGAUUCCAGAACCAGACAAACUACAGAGUAUCAGCAAACAGGAUAUAGUCAGGGCCAGCGACUUCAACUUUCUUACUGUCUUGGGUAAAGGCAGUUUUGGUAAGGUGGUGCUUGCUGAAAGGAAAGGAACAGACGAGCUGUAUGCUAUCAAGAUUUUAAAGAAAGAUGUCAUUAUACAGGACGAUGACGUGGAGUGCACCAUGAUAGAGAAAAGGGUCCUGGCACUUCCAGAUAAACCUCCAUUCCUAGUCCAACUCCACUCCUGCUUCCAAACAAUGGACCGACUGUAUUUUGUGAUGGAGUAUGUCAACGGUGGUGACCUCAUGUACAGGAUACAACAGGAGGGCAAGUUCAAGGAACCAGUGGCAGCGUUUUAUGCUGCGGAAAUAGCCAUUGGACUUUUUUACCUCCACACCCAAGGCAUUGUGUACAGGGAUCUGAAGCUGGACAACGUCAUGUUGGAUGCUGAGGGCCACAUCAAGAUCGCAGACUUUGGGAUGUGUAAGGAGAACAUCAUAGGGGACAAGACAACCAGGACAUUUUGUGGGACGCCAGAUUACAUCGCCCCUGAGAUAGUUCUGUAUCAGCCGUAUGGUAAAUCUGUGGACUGGUGGGCUUAUGGUGUUUUGUUGUAUGAGAUGCUGGCCGGGCAGCCACCAUUUGACGGAGAAGACGAGGAAGAAUUGUUUACAUCAAUCACUGAUCACAACGUGUCUUACCCUAAAGCAUUGUCUCGAGAGGCUGUGUCUCUAUGUAAAGGGUUGUUAACGAAGACGCCAACCAAGAGGUUAGGGUGUGGACCCAACGGAGAACGCGACAUUAAGGACCACGCAUUUUUCCGAAGAAUCAUCUGGGAGAAGAUUGAGCUAAGGGAAGUGCAGCCUCCUUAUAAACCUAAAAUUACGGACAAAAGAAAGGCUGAAAAUUUUGACAAGCUGUUUACCAAGGUUCCGUUAAAGAUGACCCCAAUUGACAAACAGCUGUUGCGGAACAUUGAUGAGAACGUCUUUAAGGAUUUCACCUUUACCAACCCCUACUUCGACCCCCUGGAGGAAAAUACGCAAUUAAAAGCCGAAAAGAUGUGAGCAACUUUGACAGAGAAUUCACAUCUGAGGCUCCGAAGUUGACCCCGACAGACAAGCUGUUUAUAAUGAAUUUAGACCAGUGUGAAUUUUCAGGGUUUUCCU